AUGAAUGAUGGUAAAAAUGCUACAUCAACGCCAUCACAGCAGCAACAACAACAUAUAAAACAACAAAACGUCAGCUCUAUCAUCAACCACAACAUCAUUAGUGGUGCAAUAUCAACAACAUCACCAGAAACAUCAUCGUUCAGUUCAGCCAACAAUAAAUACAAGAACGGAAUAAACUACAACGAACCAAUAAAACCCAGAAAAAAAGAUAACAACAAAGAUAAAAAACCAGGAAAGAUGUCCUCCCCAUCCUUGCUAACCGCAAAACUACCAACAUUCGAGGAGAUUCUAAAAACGGCCAAAGAGACAUUUCGUCAAAAUUUUGGCCAGCAGCCAGAAUUAGCCUGCUGUGCACCGGGACGUGUUAAUUUGAUUGGUGAACAUGUUGAUUACAAUGACGGUUAUGUUUUGCCCAUGGCCCUACCAAUGGUUACGGUCAUUGUUGGCGGUCAACGUCCGGGAAAUGAAGUUGAUUUAAUUACAUGCUGUGCUGGUGCUGAUGAUCCAAAGCGUGUUAAAUUUUCAUUAACGGAUUUGCAACCUAGCCAAAAACCAAA